AUGUCGGACCAUUCGGCUACUUCUUCUCUUCCCUCUUCCAUUAUGCUGGAUCCUCUCCCUGAGGACUCCCCAUCUCUUCGUCCGUUCCGCGCCUAUGCCUACAGUAAUCACCUCCUUCAGAACCCCGAUUACUACCCCAUAGGAACCUGGUCACGCCUGCUCAAACCAACGGGCGAAGAUGGCCUCUUUGCCGGCACUUUGGCCACUGCCACUACUAUCCCGCACUGUCUGACGCUGCGUCUCCGGCAGCUUCCCACCCUUCCCGCCAUCGCUCCAACCUGGCCUGCUCCUACGGCCAACCCGACAUCCGCCCCAUCCUCCACGCCCCCAGAUGUCUUUAUGCUGUUGGCUCUGGCGGCUACGGGUAUCUGUGGCCAUCCGUCUACCGUCCAUGGUGGCAUUGUGGCCACCUGUAUCGACGAGGCGAUGUCACUGGCGGUGACUCUGUAUGCACCUCCGCCCGAAUUGGAUCCCCAGUCCCAGUCCCCACGGGGGAAACUGUUCACGUCCCAGUUAGAUGUGCGAUACAAGAGACCUGUAUCGGCUCCCGGCCUGCUGGCCGUGCGGGCCAAGGUGGUUGCCCGGGUCGGUCGGAAGUUCUGGGUCCGCGCCCAGGUUCUCCAGGAGGAUGAGGAGAACCCCUCCCAGAUGGUUGUCACGACGGACGCCAUGGCGUUCUGGUUGCAGACCACGGCGAACCUAUGA